AUGUCGGGAAUGAUGGAUCACCUGACAUCCACUAUAAUGGAUAUAUGUCAGACGAUGGCAGACAGUGACAAUGAGUCACAAGAGGAGGACCCAGAGGAGGAUCCGUUAGUGGAUUCCAACAUAGAACAGUUCAAAAGUAAGCAGUUCUGGGCCGAGCUACGCAGAUACCAUAGCAUGAGAGAGGAUGCAUAUACUGUUGAGUUUCUGCGCAUGGUGAGAACAGUUCCUGAGAUUAAUAGGGACAAUGACGAAGUCAAUCGUCUCUAUAUUAGGGGUCUAGUACCCGAAUUAUGCAAAGAAUACCCUGUGUUUAGGAAUCAUGCCAGUAAUACUUGGCAUAAACCUGCACACAUGAAAAGAGGCAGAGGUAGUACUAGACACGCUAGAAAGCGCGAACAUGGCAUCGUAACUCGAAAGAAGGACGAGUCUAGUCAGGCACUACCCGUUUUGAAAGCAUUACCGAGAUGCUAUUCAGACUAUGUUCCUCUUUUAUUAAACUCGGAUGCUCCUAUUGAACGGGGUCCGAAGCCAUUUAAAUCAAUCAACGCGUGGUGGGGUCGUAAGGAUUUUAUUCCUUUUCUUGCAGAUUCUUGGGCGAACAUUUGUAGGAGACUGCCGACUUCAAACCUGGUGAUUAAGCUCAGGGAGCUUAGAUCUGAGAUAAAAACUUGGAAUCGAGAAAUUUUUGGGGAUAUGAAUUUGAAGUUUCUUGCUACACAACUCAAAAUUUCUGAAUUAGAAUCUUCUGCUGAUUUCCAAGCCUUGAAUGAUGUUGAUGGUGCUAGAAAUCCAGACUUAAUUGGCAUUCUCAUGGAGACAAGAAUUCGAAAUAUUUUCAUGUUGUGGCUUCUAGAUGGGGUUUGUUACAAUUCUGCUCCCGCCAUUAAGAAGCAGAUUUAUUCUUAUUACAAGCAGCUCUUUAGUAGUUCAGCAGAGAUAUCUUAUUCCUUAGCUUCUCUUCCAGUUCGGCAGCUCUUAGACUACCAAGCGGCUGCAUUGACAAUUCCCUUUACAGAAGAAGAGAUUCAUGCCACUCUUUUAGGUUACGACGAUAACAAAGCGUCGGGUCCUGACGGUUUUAAUUACUUCUUUUACAAGAAGGCUUGGAAGAUUAUGAAAGGAGAUUCAAUUUCUUCAUUUCAGCAGUUUUAUACGUCUGCGAAUUUUCCGGUUGGUCUAAAUACUGCUUUCCUUGUUUUACUUCCGAAGUUUAGAGGCGCUUCUGACAUCAAGGAUUUUAGACCUAUCAGCUUGAUUAAUGGGGUUUUUAAACUCCUUUUCAAGGUUCUUGCUAACAGAUUAGCUCCGAUUCUCCCUAUGGUUAUUUCUGAAAACCAGUUUGGCUUUAUCAAAGGAAGAAGUAUUCACGACUGCCAUAUGAUUGCUACGGAAAUUAUUCAUCUUAUUAAGAAGCGGAGGGAACAUGUCUUUCUUAUUAAGCUAGAUUUCCGGAAAGCUUUCGACACCAUCUCAUGGCAGUUCAUUAUUCAAACUCUUCAGCGAAUGAACUUUGAAAUUCUUCUCAAUGGUUGUCCGACAGAGAAUUUAUUUAUGGGUAAGGGAGUUUGUCAGGGAGAUCCUAUCUCUCCCAUGUUGUUUGUUCUUGUAGUUGAAAACUUACGAGCUAUUUUCUCAAAAGCUUGUAAUUUGGGUCUUUUGUCGGGAGUUCAUAUUGAUACCUUAGAGGAUACGGUCUCUAUUUUACAAUUCGCGGACGACACUCUAUUAUUUGUUCCUAAUGAUUUGAAUAUGAUAAAGAACCUUUUGCGUAUUCUGAGAAUUGAGGAGUUACCCAUUUCAUACCUUGGGCUGCCAUUAUCUGAGAGGGCAAUCGGAGCUAAAUCUUGGGAUCCUGUUGUAUCGAAUUUUUCUUCUCAAUUAUCUUCAUGGCGAAUCCGUUGUAUUAAUCUGGAAAGAAUAAUGCGUCGUUUCUUGUGGAAUGCGAGAACGGAUAGUGCAGGCUUUAGCAAGGUAGCUUGGAUAGACGUUUGUGUUCCAACUUCUUUGGGCGGUCUUAAUAUUAUGCCCCUCCGCAUUAAGAAUCAGUUUCUGCUCCUCAAAUGGCUUUGGAAGUUGAUGAAUUCGGAUAGGAACUCCCUGUGGUUUAAUGUUGUCACUUGUAGCUCGGAGUUUACUUCUUAG